AUGAGCAACAGUGGAGGCCGGGCCAUCCCGCAAACCCUGUGGGAUCUGCAGAUCCCACUCUUCAUCACUCACACCUCACUUCCAAACACGCCCUUCGUCACCUCCGUUCCACGCUUCGGCUAUCUAGCCUUUCUGUUACCGCGGCUGGCAGCUUAUUUCGGUCUGCCAUGUUCUAGUUUUCAUCAUGAGGACGUCCUCCUUCGUAACCUUGCUGUUGGUAUCCUCAUCGACCUAUACCAGCCCACUUUGCCCUGGCGCCUGACCGUAAGCGACGGCAUGAGCUGGGAUAUUGGAGACACUUUCCUCAACAGUGCUAAAGAGGCAGAUUUCGUACGCAACGGCAAUGCGCAGCAGAUCAUGUCGCUUUCUAAAGAGAACACCACGACACUCUGGAACGCUGUUCGAGAUAAUGACUAUCAGGCGUUCAACAAAGUGAACUCUCGUCUCCUCAACACGUCCCGCGCACUCAAAAACGUGCCUAUCCGGAUCUACAUACCGCAAUCGCCCGCAGACACAGCUACUUUUGCCAAUGGAGCAACUGCCGGGGCAUUCAAGGUUGUGCAAUCGCUAGUGCAUGCCCGUAUGAACGACAGAGCGCCACAAACUCUUGGUGCGGCCCUCAGGAGCCUCUUGCCUAGGCUAUUCCCGAGUAGUCGAGAUCCCGUCCUGGCAAAUGUGCUGCUGCAUGGUGCCAAUGUACCAUUUACGGCACCUUUGGAGGAGCUGAUGCGUGAGGCGGCUUAUCCUGACGGCUGGAUAUGUCUUGUCGUGGUGCCACUUGACGUGUAA